UCUUUUAUAUAUUCACAAAGCCAAAUAAAGGAGAGAGAGAGAUAAAUAAAAAAAAAUCUUUAAGCAAAGAAAGAAAAAAAGGAAAAUGCAGAUCUUCGUGAAAACCCUGACCGGGAAAACCAUAACCCUAGAGGUUGAAAGCAGCGACACCAUCGACAAUGUCAAAGCCAAAAUCCAGGACAAGGAGGGAAUACCACCGGAUCAACAGAGGCUGAUAUUCGCUGGCAAACAACUUGAAGAUGGUAGAACCCUUGCGGACUACAACAUCCAGAAAGAGUCAACUCUUCACUUGGUCUUGAGGCUUAGAGGUGGGACCAUGAUCAAGGUCAAGACUCUCACUGGCAAAGAAAUUGAGAUUGAUAUCGAACCUACCGACACCAUUGAUCGUAUCAAGGAACGUGUUGAGGAGAAAGAAGGCAUCCCUCCUGUUCAACAAAGGCUCAUCUACGCUGGAAAACAGCUAGCUGAUGACAAGACGGCAAAAGACUACAACAUCGAGGGAGGCUCUGUUCUGCAUCUGGUUCUUGCCCUUAGGGGUGGUUUUGGUCUUCUCUAGAAGUUAGCUCUUACUUUUCUAUUAUUAAAAAAAAAGUGAAUGCAAUUUGAAUUUGAUGUUUUGCUGUUUCAGUGGGUUUGGAAUCAAUGUACCAAUAAUCUGUUCAAUCUCGGAUGAUGCAUAAUUACAUAUGAUUUUUUUUUUUUGGAUUUGGUUAUUUUUGAUGAAUAUCUUUCAUUGUA